AAAUUCAGUCUGCCUGCUGUCUCUCCAGCUGUUUUUUUUUCCUGUCGAUCACUUGCAUUUGUUGACUGUGCACUAAUGGAUUUUUCUAACCAGAGAGAGAUGUUCAAACAGCCCGCGAACAGUCCCGCUGGCUUUAAUCCGCCGCAGCUGCCCGAGGGAGCGGUUGGAGUUACAACUAGUAAACCUGAGAGUGGUCAGAGCCUACCUCCCGAUCCGCAGCCUUUGAACGAGCGGAAAACUUUCUGUCCAACGGAAAACAAAUCUAGCGACAUGGAAACCAAUAAAGCCUAUGGGACGUUUAAAAACACGGCACCUGCCCCGGUACCCGUUCCUGCAUCCGUUAAUUCUGUCCUCCGCAAGGAUUCCUCUGGUACAGUUCCACCCCAAAAGGAUAAAGCCAUUUCAGGCGCGUUGCCUAAUCAAGGGGCCCUAAGGACCGCGACGGAGCAAAAUAACGCCACCGGCAACUGGACGUCCAUGAGCCAGACCACCAUUAUAUUGGGCACAGAUGGCAAUACGUCUGUUCUGCCUGGCAUCUUGAACGCGGGUGACGAUGAUGACGCCGGAGGAGACGAAAAUAAGGCACGUGGAAACUGGUCGAACAAGCUGGAUUUUAUUCUGUCUAUGGUUGGCUAUGCGGUGGGGUUAGGAAACGUUUGGAGAUUUCCUUAUCUUGCCUUCCAAAAUGGAGGAGGUGCUUUUUUGAUACCUUACCUGAUCAUGUUAGGCCUUGCUGGAAUACCUAUAUUUUUAAUGGAAGUCUCACUGGGUCAGUUCGCCAGCCAGGGCCCUGUCUCUGUUUGGAAGGCUAUUCCGGCCUUGCAAGGUUGCGGGAUUGCCAUGUUGAUAAUAUCUGUCUUGAUAGCCAUAUACUAUAAUAUAAUUAUGUGCUGGACACUAUACUACCUGUUCGCUUCGUUCGCUUCGUUGAAGGGCUUACUGCCAUGGACUUACUGUAGAAAUGAGUGGAACACGAUUGAGUGCAAAGACAAAGACAUGCUGCGCUUAGAUUCGUGUAUUAUCCGAGAUAGAAACCUUACUUCCAUUAAGAACACCACAUUCUGUUUGUCUGCAAAUGCGGUUGGAAAUUUAAGCAAGCUGCUAAAUGUUACAGCAGACAACAGAACCUAUGUCAGCCCCAGUGAGGAGUAUUUCAAAUAUAAUGUAUUGCACAUUUCCAAGGGGAUUGAGUACCCGGGCGACAUUCGCUGGCCUUUGGCUGGUUGCCUCUUUCUGGCAUGGCUUAUCGUCUACGCCUCUUUAGCUAAAGGGAUCAAGUCAUCAGGCAAGGUGGUUUACUUCACUGCCACCUUUCCCUACGUAGUCCUGGUCAUCCUUCUGAUCCGGGGCGUCACGCUGCCUGGUGCUUCAUCCGGCAUCCUCUACUUCAUCACACCCAAAUGGGAGAAACUCAGUGAUGCCAAAGUAUGGAAGGAUGCAGCUACUCAGAUUUUUUUCUCCUUGUCAGCUGCAUGGGGUGGUCUUAUAACCCUUUCCUCCUAUAAUAAGUUCCAUAAUAACUGUUACAGGGACACCAUUAUAGUGACGUGUACAAACAGUGCAACCAGUAUCUUUGCUGGGUUUGUAAUUUUUUCAGUCAUCGGCUUCAUGGCUCAUGAGCUCAAGGUACCCAUUGAGAGUGUGGCAGAUGAAGGGCCAGGUAUAGCAUUCGUCGUGUACCCCGAAGCCCUCACCAGAUUGCCUGUGUCUCCGUUCUGGGCAAUCAUCUUCUUCCUCAUGCUCCUCACACUGGGGCUGGAUACCAUGUUCGCCACCAUCGAGACCAUAGUGACGUCUGUGUCAGAUGAGUUCCCCAAGUACCUGCGCAGACACAAGACUGUCUUCACGUUGGUCUGCUGCUUAGCCUUCUACGUGCUGGGUUUUCCCAUGAUUACAGAGAGUGGCAUGUACAUGCUUCAGCUGGUUGAUACCUAUGCAGCCUCCUAUUCUCUGGUCAUCAUAGCCAUCUUUGAGCUGAUUGGAGUCUCCUACAUUUAUGGUCUGCAGAGAUUCUGUGAGGACAUCGAAAUGAUGAUCGGUUUCCAGCCAAAUAAGUUCUGGAGGGUGUGCUGGGCCUUUGUAACACCCACUAUUCUUACAUUUAUUCUGGCACUGAGUCUGUACCAAUGGAGUGUGAUGACCUAUGAGGACUAUACCUACCCCACAUGGUCUAUGGUGCUUGGUUGGCUCAUGGUCAUCUGCUCUGUAAUCUGGAUCCCCAUAAUGUUUGUCAUAAAGAUGCACCUGGCCCCAGGAACCAUGAUUGAGCGUCUGAAGCUAGUGUGCUCUCCCCAGCCUGACUGGGGUCCCUUCUUGAUGAAGCACCGUGGUGAGCGCUACAAGAACAUGAUUGACCCACUGGGCACCAACUCUCUAGGUCUUAAACUUCCCCCCAAAGACUUCCAGCUCUCUGCCCAGUACCAGUAACU